AUUAAUGUAUUUCCGGGUUUAAUACUAGACUAGGUUUUUAUUUUUGUGUGAUUGUUAUGAAGAGCACAAAAAACUAUUAUUAAUAAUCAGGACUGUCGAAUCUUUUAUAUGUUUUCUUUAAGCUUUAAAAUGAACUUUGGUGGUGAUAAGCCAGCCAGCGAAGAAAUUACCAAAGAUGACUGGCUGAACAAGCUACAAGAUAUUCAUAUCACCCGGGCUGAUAUGAAUGCUCUUAUAAUGAACUAUUUAGUUACAGAAGGCUUCAAAGAAGCCGCAGAGAAAUUCCGCCUGGAGUCUGGCAUCCAGCCUCCAGUGGAUCUGGAUGAACUUGACGACCGUAUUCGGAUCCGGGAAGCCAUUCAGAACGGUCACAUUCAAGAUGCAAUCGGCAUGGUUAACAACCUGUAUCCCGAGCUGCUUGAUAACGACCGCUAUCUUUACUUCAGGCUUCAGCAACAAAAGCUAAUAGAGCUGAUCCGUGAGAAGAACAUCGAGCUGGCUCUCGAGUACGCCCAGUCCCAUCUCGCUGAGCGGGUGGAAGAAAACCCGGAGGUCCUAUCGGAACUCGAACGCACUUUGGCCUUGCUGGCAUUCGAGGAACCAGAGACAUCUCCAUUUGGGGAGCUGCUUCAUCCCUCUCAAAGACAAAAGGUAGCAAGUGAAUUGAAUGCAGCAAUAUUAGAAGUGGACUCGACACCACGAUUAGCCAAUCUUUUAAAGUUGUUAUUAUGGGCACAAGAAGAACUAGAGAAGAAGAAAGUGAAAUAUCCCAAAAUGACGGAUAUUGCCAAAGGAACAAUAGAAGAAACAAAAUGAAUCUCUAGGCAGUUACGUUAUGAGCUAUAGUGUGUGAGUGUUGUGAUGUGUAUCAUUUUGACAACCGACGUGAAUGUUGAAGGAAACCGAAUGCAUUUCAAAGAAGCCAUUUUGACAUGGAGUAUAGCUUUUAUCAAACCACGCGACUGGAAUCUUUGAUCUUUUGGCAGCUGUUGCAUUUAGAUUAAACACUUCUAUGUAGAGACUA